CCCAAGCGGCUCAUGACUUCCGGCGUGCGCGCUCUCCAAAGAACAACGGCGCCACCGCCUUUCCGGCUUCCGUACGUGCGCGUCCCCACCUGCACCGUCAUGGCGCCGCCGAGCCGCUGGUACUUCACCCGGGAACAGCUAGAGCGCAGCCCGUCCCGCCGCGCCGGACUGGACCCGGACAAGGAGCUUUCGUACCGGCAGCAGGCGGCCAAUCUUCUCCAAGACAUGGGCCAACGCCUCAACGUAUCUCAACUGACAAUUAAUACGGCUAUUGUAUACAUGCAUCGCUUCUACAUGGUCCAGUCAUUCACGCGGUUCCACCGUAACACUGUAGCACCUGCUGCUCUGUUUUUGGCAGCGAAGGUGGAGGAACAGCCGCGGAAGUUAGAGUAUGUCAUCAAGGUUGCUCAUGCUUGCCUGAAUCCUCAGGAACCUGCGCCUGACACUCGAAGUGAGGCAUACCUGCAACAAGCCCAAGACCUGGUCAUUCUAGAGAGCAUUAUACUGCAGACCCUGGGUUUUGAAAUUACCAUUGAUCACCCUCAUACUCAUGUAGUGAAAUGCACACAGCUAGUUAGAGUUGACAGAAAUCUUGAGCGAGGCCUGGUAGAGACUGGAUACGAGGUUCAGGUUCCGCGGAGGUUUCAGUUCAACUAUCCCAUCUCGGAAGAAGAUACUGCGAGCAAGGACCUGGCCCAGACAUCCUACUUCAUGGCAACCAACAGCCUGCAUUUAACCACGUUCAGCCUUCAGUACACCCCUCCGGUAGUGGCUUGUGUCUGCAUCCAUUUGGCCUGUAAGUGGUCUAACUGGGAGAUCCCUGUAUCAACAGACGGAAAGCCGUGGUGGGAGUAUGUGGAUGUGACAGUAACAUUGAAACUUUUGGAUGAACUGACACAUGAGUUUCUUCAAAUCCUAGAGAAAACUCCCAAUCGUUUGAAGGGCAUAAGGAACUGGAGAAUCAAUCAGGCAAACCAAAAACCCAAAGAGGAUGGCUGUGAAGAUGAGGAUGGUAAUGACAGCCUCUCUGAGCAGACAAUACUACGAAUGCUUUCCCGCAGUGGUGUGAUGAGCAACUCCCCCUUUUCUGAUUCUUCUUCGCAGUCAUUCUCCGUAUCAAACCUGGAUUCUGGAAUAUAUGGAGGAUCAUGGGGCGCUCCACUAAAUAACCAGCUUGAGCAAAAUAGGACUAGUGAGCACAAUGCAUGCAUAGACCAGUCUCAGUUACCGGUCAACAAACCAGCACCCAUUGCUAAAGUUUCUCUGAAGGAGUAUCGUGCAAAACAUGCUGAAGAGUUAGCUGCACAGAAACGCCAGCUGGAACAUAUGGGAGCCAGUCUAAAGGAACAGUAUGCAUGUGCUGCGCAGAACCUUCUUAUUCAGCAGCAGAGAGAUCGUGACAGGGAAAGUCACACCUCACCUAUCAUUCUGAAGAUACCUUUGCAUGAAGUAAGCCAUGAACGGACAGAGAAGUCCACCAGCCUGAAAUUGCGUCUCCCUGUGUCCAACAGGGAGAAACCAGAGGAGGGGAAAAUCCGCAUUAAGGUGCCAAAUGAGGAGAGCAGUGGUAGUAGCAGCAGUAAGAGUAGGGACAAGCACAGGAGCGGCUCUUCAUCUUCACACCACCAUCAUCACCACAAUAGCCAAUCCCACCGGCAACAUAAUCAGGACACAUCUAGCAGCUCAACUAGCAAACGCUCUUCUAUUUCUCUAGCAGCAGCUUCUCACAAAUCAUCAGCACCUUCACGAAAAAGGCCCCCAUCAGAAGAUAUCUCCAGUCACGAACUUCCUCCUCACAAAGUAAGCAGGACUUCUAAACUUCCCUCAGCCAACUUUCCAGUGGCACAGGCACCGCACAGAGCACGGAGCAGUCAUGACAAAACAGACAGAGAGCCCUCUGGUGCCAAUGGGCACGGUGCAUCAAAAGUCAUUGAUUACCAAGACACUGUAAACAUGUUACAUUCACUGCUGAGUGCACAGGGAAUGCAGCCCAUGCAACCCCCACAGUAUUUGCAUCAGUAUGGGGAGUAUCGCAGGCCUAGGCCUAGCAGCACAGACAAACCCAGGCCGCCACCCCUACCUGCUGAGCCCCCGCCACCUCUGCCGCCACUCCCCAAAUAAUUGCUAGCUCUGCAGGUUUACCCUGUAAGACUAGCUUAAAGGAGUUAUGUAGCCACUUUCUCAGCACUAUUUUACCAGCAUAUUGUUUUUUCCUGUGCUCUUCCAUGUACUUUUUGAUCAAGUAUAUCAUGUCUUAGGUUACAUUUUAAAAUAAUGAUCUUAUUACUUGUCAUUUCCAUGUUUCUUUAAUCUCUAUAAACUUCAAAGUAUGCCUGUUGUAUUUUCUAGAUAAUGGUCUGCCGGAAUCACCGUAGCUUCUUAUUUUACGCUUAUUUAUGUUGUUGACUUUUCUUUGUUGCUGCUCUUCAAACGGGUUAUAGGUUGUAAACAAAUAUGCCUUGGAAGCAGUGUUGACCCAGAGAUCAAAAUGCUGUGUUAUAGAGUUUAUCUAAGCGGAAGAUUAGAGGUACAGUUUGUCUUGAAUUGUUGGCAUGUUACAGUAUUUGAAGUGUGUCAUUUUCUCAUCUCAGGAUUUAUCUGAAGCUCCUCUGCAUGCCAGGUGGCGUCACUGUGUAUCAUGUAGGAUGAGUGUUUACAUAUGCCACUUCCUAAAGAGGUUUCGGAGCAUUGUGAAGAUAGAGUGCUCUGAAUAGAUUCUUUGUGUAUUUAAGCUAGUUUACCAUUGCUGGUCUUAAGUCUCUUUUCUAUUCUGCACCGGAUUGGUUGGCAUAUUUGAUGAUUACUUACAUUCAGUGGGGGGGAUUUUUUGCACUGUUAAUUUCCUUGUAUUUUAAUGUUCAGUCUAUACUGAAGAAUUGCUGUAAUAUUAUUGAGGCGUAUGGGCCAUUUCAUGUAAGGCUUAUCUGUUAUCUUCUGUGUAUGUUUUAUUGAAAGGGGAUAUAAGAUCAGGUUAGAGAACAAUGGAAGAAAAUGAUACAAACUCAGAAAUGACCACUUUUCAUAAUUGAGGGGUAAAUAUAGUAGGCUGUGUUUCCAUAACAGUUGCUAAUGGCUAAAUGAUCAUUUUUCUAGCUCGGUUGGUCCCUCCCCUUCACUACAUAUAACAUUUUCCUGGCAACAUCAGUUAUUUCUUGACUUACUAAACAGUGAGAUAUUAGUUCCAUAAAAGAAUUUCUGGUAAUGGUAGAUUCUCAAAAAGAUCACUUCAUCAUUCUGCUGUUUUCAUAACAGAGCAUCAGAGCUAAUGGAUUAAUAUACUUAAUAACUAAAAUAUGAUAGAAUACAGUGUUAAUUGUUAACCAUGUUUUCCAUUGUUGAUUUAUUAAGUAAAUGUUAAUGAUAUUAUCCAUACUGCUAUCCCCGUUCAGUUAUAGCCACCCCUACUGCUCUUGGACAGUGUUGAAACUGAUACAUAUGCUGUAUCUAUAUGACCUUAAGUUAAAAUGUUAUUACACAGUGUCUCAGUUGCACUGUGGAAUCACUGGUAAUGCAAUCUGAUUUCCCUAAAUGAACAGAGGCAGCAUGUUAGUCCAGCUGAAGGUGGGUACACACAGCGAUAUGACCGACAUGUCGACUACAUCACUCAGUGUGUACGCUCAGUUUGCGUGCUCCUGCGGUCGCAUGCAAUGUCGUCAGGGUUGAUGUGCUGUAGCAUGUUAAUGAAGGAUGGAACAUGAUCGUUCCGUCAUUCAUUAAAGUCACCCCAGUGUGCACGGGCAAUCUGGGCUGACGGGGAUUCGUUCCGAUGUCCGAAUGACUCCCCGUCGCUCCAGUGUUGUACCCAGCUUUAGUCUUGUGAUAUUAUGACAUGAAAUGUCCAUCCUCAUUCUAAAAGUACAUGCUUUGCUGCUUUUGUUAGUAUGCAAUGGCUACUUGUACUUCAUCAUUUCAACUCUUCUUACAUUGAAAUUUCACAUUAUUUUUUUUAUCUGCACGUACGGACAAAAUCAAUGUGAAAUCUGCCAAAUGUUAUGGGUAAUGGAACCCAAGACACAAACAGCUUUAUAGUUGACCUCCCUUAUGUAAGGCUGUUCAUUUCUGCGUAAAAUUUUAAAAAAGGUGGGUACCAGACACACUACACCAGAGAUUGUAAGGGGCUCAUUCACCAUGAAAUAUUUGCAAAUAUUCAGUAUCACCCCCAUGUAUGAAGUAUGGAUCGCAGAAGAUCAGCCCCCCUCCAUUUUCAACAGCAGCUGCAGAUACAGUGCAAGGCAUUCCUGAGCUUGGCCCCCGCAACUAAGGCCAUUUGAAGAUGGCAUUAACCCGUCAAAGCCUAUAGGCUACAAGUCGUAAACUUAGCGUGCAGAAGGUUCCUCUGAAACCCUCCCCGUAAAUCAGUGGCACACAUGCUUGGCCAGUGGACCAUUCAUGAGUCCCUCAACCACUCUGAGCACAUCGCAGGGUCGAGGUCCUUAUGGAACCCCUUUCCUUGUGGGUGUUUAGUGUUACAUCCCGGUGGAAUAAUAGCAUACUGCAGUGUGAUUCUGUGCGCUAAUAUCAUGCCCAGAUCAUGUUGCGAAUGCGAUUAUUGAUAAAUGGGCCCCUAUCAGUCUAAAGAACUUAAAUGCUUUAAUCACAUGACAAAUGAUCCUCUCAAUUUAAGUGAUUGAAGUUGGAGUUAUCCAGUAAGUAUAAACACCAGUUAUUUUAAAUGUUAUUUCACUCAGUAAUACAUCUUCUUACAUAGUAAUAUGCUAGACUGGCUUUACUUGAACGCUGUUCAUUUGCUGUCAUUUAUCAUUCUGUUGUGUGAUUCCUGUAUAAGGAACAUAAAUGAAUCCAUCAGUUGCUAAUAGCGCUUAGUGUGAAGGUCUUCCUUGUGCAGAUUUUUUUUUAUUGCCAGAAUACUGUAUUGUCCUAUUCCUGCAAUGCCACUUCAUUAUUCUCAGUGGGAUAAUAAGGUUGGAGAUUAGGGUUUAUUUCCCAUUUGCCUUGGGAUAAUGAAACUAUUGUUAAACUACAGUCCAGGUUCUAUAAGGAGAAGUAUUCCUAAACAUAGACACAAGCCUUAAUACACUACCUAAAAAGAAUCAGAUUUGACCCUUUGUUGCUGAAUGUUGUGUGGUUACAUAACACCAGCCUUUAGAGAGGAGAUACUGUUGUCUGCUGUACCUGAUAAUUAGAGAUCACUCUUCAUAAACCGUUUAGGGUUAUGUACCAUAUAUUGAAUUAAUUACAUUUUUAUAAUCUUGGCCCUGUAUCAUCCAAGACACUCAACAUGGAUACGUAAAUGCUAUGUAUAUGGGAAAGUAUAUUUGGCCUAGGCGAAAGCAUCAUAUUCUGAAUUUGUUUUGCUUGAGAAAGAGCAUUAGCAGUGUACAUUUUGGGAGCAAAUAUGUUUUUACACUGUGCCUCUGACCCAGGAUAUUGGCUGGGCAACUCAGGUCCUUGCUUGGUGUGAAAGGGACUACCUGGGCUUGGUGCCCCCAGAAUUCAUGGGACUGAUCCGGUUAGUCUUCAUUGGGAAAGCCAACAUGGAUCAUGCUAAAGGUAUGCAGAGCCGGAUUCAGCCUGGAGUGUGAACUUGGUUUCAAGCAGCUGGACACGGUUUUAAACUGUGUUCAAAAAUCCAGGUUGGAGCCAGGUUAUUGGCGUGAAAGGGGUAUUACUUUAGCUUUUUUGAUUAGUAGAAUAGCUCUUUCUAAACAUAACCUUUUGGUUAUUAAAGUGUACUGCAUACAGCCUACAGUUGUACCACUGCAUAUUCCCUAGGUUGUGUACAGAGGGGUAGGACAUCAAAUUCUUCAUUGAGGAAACCGGUACUGAGUGAAGAGAGAUGCAGAUGUUUAAACAGAUUGUGUAAGGGGCAGCAAGGAAGAAACAUACACCAUUCCAUAUACUCGCCAUCAAGAGUAAAAAAAACACAUUUUAUAUCUAUAUAUAUAUCUAUAUCUAUAUAUAUAUAUAUAUAUAUAUAUAUGUGGUUUCUUUUUUUUCUUUCUUUUUUUCAUUUUGCACCAAAAGCCCAUUACAUAGGACUAUCCUUGACAUUUUAGUUUUAUUGUAACUUGAUCAUAAAUUUCAGCCACCAAUAAUAAAUAUAUAUAUAUAUUAUAUCCCUUCUAGAAGAGAUACUCAUUAUAAUUAUAAUUUUGCUUACAUUUUGUUAAGUUCUUUUAUUUAUUUUUCCUUUCUGAGCAACAAUUCAAUAUGGAAAAUUUUGAAAGAAAUAUAUGUUUAUGGAUAAUGAGAUUGGUAUAUCAAUAGCGGGAGAACUAUAUUUCUUAGUAAAUAUAGUUAACAUGUCUAUGCAACGUUAGAGUGAUAAUUGUAGUUAGGUGGCUGCUUGAUCUCCUGGCAUCUCCUUAAAUAACAUAAAAAGAGGUCAAUCCAACUACCUGCGAGCACAUCAAAUGUGCGAGUUACCGCGGCAACAGCCACACUUUAUGGCAGCCUGAACUUACCCAAAACUGCUCACCGCCCCAUAGAGCUGCAAGCAGUUUUGCGUGAAUUCGGGCUGAGAUUGGACAAUGAGAUGCAGUACCAUUGCCUGCGUUUUAGCGCCAUGGCAAUGGCUUCUCGCACCCUUUGUGGGUUAUUGGAUUGACCCCAUAAUUAGUUAUACUGUACCUACUAAGACAUGAACACCAAGAUGUUUGCUAUUGACAUCUGUAAACUGUCUUUUAACAUCACAAAAUCAGUGUGAUGCCCAGGAAUGACCAUUAUUGGGUAUGCAUGAGAAUCCGUCCAACAAAUAAUUGCUGUCGUUCUGUAUGUGUGCUGCACUAAUAGAGUUUUAAGUGAAUUGGCCACUUGGUUUGAGCGAUGUAUGACCAGAUUUACCCAGUUUGCUCACUCAUAAUAGUGAUCAAACUGAGAAUGGAUCUUGUUACUUACAGGAAGGAAGGGAUCAGCCUAUGUGUGACCAGCAUUCUGAAUAACUAUAAUAUUUUACAGUUUGUGUACAAUAGGAUUUUUUUUCUUAAUUGGUCAAUGUUAUUUUCACAUAAAAAAUAAAAUACUUAUUUGGUAGUUUCCUUUAAAAAGUUUAGACAUGAGUCAUUCAUAUAUGGUACAAAGGGUAAAUUAAUGUAUGAUGGGAUAUACAGUAUGUAUAGAUUCCAAAUUUCCUACUUAUUGACAUCUACUAGCAUCUUGUGUCUGCUCAUGUUCUAAGCUAUGGCAGGAAUGGCUGUAAAGGGUUCAAGAGUAAAAGGUGUAUGUAAUAGUAAUUCUAAAACCCGCGCUCAACAUAUUAAUAGGCAGGAUUUUAGAAUGCACAGAAAUCAUUCAUGCUGGAGUAGACUGAUAAUUGAAGAUCUUCACACGUCAGUAAUUCAUACAGUUUACCUGUGUAAAACUGAUUAUUUGCUGCACAAAGUCAUGUCAAGAUUCGCUUGACAAAUCAAUUGCAAUAGGCAGUGGUUUUGGUGUGCAUUCAAGUUAGAUUUACUGUGGCAUAACAUACACAAAGAGUGUCUGCUUUGUUUUUCAGUAGGGAUGCGCUAAAUGAAUUUAUUUAUCUUUUUAGGAUUCAGACAAAUACACAAUUGCUUUACAAAAGAGUCUGCUUUAUUGCAAAUGAAUUUGCAUGUUACAGGGAAACAGAAGUCUAAUGCUGGUCCGACAAUCAUUUUAUCUGACAAGCUGAAACCAGCAGAUAUUGUGGUCACACACUGAGAUAUUUCACAGUAUAUGGCAACGAUAUCUGCAUUCCUUCACAGGGGAGGAACGGUCUCCUUGGCCCUCUUCUUGUGAAGGAACAGCGGAAAUGUUGGGACGUCGGCCACUGCAGCUCAAACACUGCCAGAUGUGGCAGACUAGUCAUUGAAUCUUUCAGGCAUAUUGGACGAUUUCAGCAUGUCUGACAGACCGAUAAUUAGUGGUUGGUCAUGGCAAAACACUGUACAAUUAUCUCGGCAAUCCGCUGUCGGAUCUGCCAGAUAAUUGUGUAGUGUAUCUCCAGCAUAACUGAUAUCAGGGUUCCGAUGCUCUUGUCCAAUUUCAUAACAUUCUAGCAGAACCUGAAACUUGCUUAAAAUUUUUAAGGAUUUAGCGCAUCCCUAGUGUUUCUUGUAUUUUCCCAUGAAUGGAAAAGAGAAACCUUACCUUACUAACAUGGAUAUUAUAUAGUCUCUGCCUACUAAAUUACAGGAUGAAUAUGUUCAAAAAGCAGCCUGUGAUCUGCCAUUCAGCAUUGCAAUGUUUUCCCUUUUUCGGGUGUUACGAAUUGGAAUUACUAAUUGAUCUAUUACAAUUUAUAUUUCUACAUAGAUCCAUAAUACUGGUUACAUGCACAGUAAACCAAGAAGUAAUUCUUUUCUGUUCCCAGAAAACAAGACAAAAGUAAUAAAAAUAAAAUAAAAAAAGAUCCAAAAGUGAAUAAAAUAUAAAGAAAAUUACCAUAUAAAAAUAUGAAAAUAAACUUAAAGUAUGAAAAAAACUAAAAUUUUAACCUGCUGUAAUUAAGGAUUUGCAUACUGAUGUUGAUUAAUAAGUGGUAAGCUUACUAGUAUAUGAAUAUUGCUUUUGAUUGUUGUGAAAGAUUUUUACUGUUUUAUUUGUUAUAUGAAACGAACUUAAAAAAAUCAGCAAGAAACAUAACUGAACUGUUUUUCUCUAAAGUUACAAUCAGUCCCUGCAAUAAAAUGAAUUGACAAGAACUGUGUGAGUUUGGGUAUGGAGGUGUUUGAACAUAAUAGUAUUAUGUACUUUGGCGUAUAGUAUUGUGUUCCUACCAAUGUCUGCUUUGGAGUCUGAAAUGGACCUAAAAACUAAAUCUGAAGAUCACGUGUAUAUCAUAGCUAAGAAAUGCCUAGCCUGUUAGGUAUUAUUUAUUUUUGUAAUAUAUUUCUGAAAUAUUUUUUUUCCUCUAGUGAAGAAACAAGGGUAUGUGGCACUGAGACUCUGGUUGAUAUUUAGAUAUGGGCAGGGGAGCAUGCUGCAAAGUAAGUUGUAUAGGUAGAAUAAUCAGUAACUGUCAUAUUGUAAUAUAAUAUAGUGGUAGUAAUGGAACCUUUGCCUCAUUAGGUCUUCUGACCAGGCAAAUAAUUUCUUUUUUCUUUUCUUUUUAUCCUUAUGAAGGUAAAUAUUUUCCAAAUACCCUUAAUGUGUGUCUGUUUAUACCAAUUGCUUCCUUUGAUGUGUACAUUUGUAUGAAGUCCUCUCCAUGAUCUGUAACUUUUAAUCAACUUCAUAAGUCUUUAAAUGUUGGAAAGUUCCCCUUAGUUCUGUUUAUAACUUAUUUUAAACAGUGAAUUUGAGUUUAAUUUAACGAGUAGAAGUGCCCAUUGAAUCUGUCUGUAGUACCCCUUGGUUGGGGUAAUGGGCUAAAUGUUUAGAAAUGCUUUUCUGCAGUAUUGUGUAUGCCUCUGUUUUUUGACCUGUGGCUUGUUUUGACACAUUAUUGUGUAGUUAUAGAAAUUAAUUUUUACUCCCAGAAAAGCAGAUAAAGCAAAGUAAUCAGGCCCGUAACCAUGUAUUUAUGGAAAUGUAUAUGCCACGCCGUAACAUUUUAUCCCCAAUGAAUCAGUUAAUCAGGAAACUAUAAGAUGGAAAGUUCUGGAUUCAAUAUGGAGAAAAGUUUUGCUGCUCAGAUUGCUAAAGGGAAUACUCUCCAAAAAAUUAUUUUUAGUAUCUACCAGGCUGUAAACCAUUUUUCAUUGACAUAAUUUGUUAAUGUGUAGACAGCAGAUCACUCACUCUGGGCCUGAUUUAGAUUCACAUGCAAUCUGCUCCAUCUGCAAUUUUUAAUUUUGCAUAAGCUCAAUAGGCUGAAUGAAACGCACUUACACCUCUUUACAGAUCUGCGGAGCUAUUCACAGUAGCACAGAAGUCAGCCAGGUUCUAUUGCUGCUAAAUUGUUGUAACUGGGUGUUCGCACUCAGUAUAUUUUGCCUAUUGGCCUAUUCAGAGGUAAGUGCACACAAGAUCAGGUCAAGAUAAAGCUGGUUCGCUCAGAUAGUGAUGACAACUUCUCACAAGCAGAUUUAUAUUCGGUCAAUUUUGAAUACAGGUGGAAAUCCACAGCUAGUUUCAAGAACAGAAUUUAACUACUUUGUGUACGACUCUGAAUCAGGCCCUCUGUGAUUGGAGGAAGAUUAAAUGUAGAACUCCACUCCUUUCCAUGUGUUGCUGUCUACAUAACAAGCAGAGAUAAUAAGCAUUCAUACAUUUACAACAGACAGUAACAGAAUCAUCUACAUUUCGCAGGUUUUAGUGUUUGGUACAGAUUUCUUUAAAUAAAUGAAACCAAUGAAAUUUAUAGCUGAACGGUGGUGUAUUUACAGUAUAAUGGCACAAAUAAGCCUGUAUUUCCACUGUGGCACCUUCAAGCAGUGUCACCAGGUAACGGAAAUGAUUGUACACUCAGGGUGAGGCUUUAGAAUGCAACACUGUACAGGUGAUGCUUGGGUAGGAAUAGGUUAUGUAUUUUGCAUGGACAGGGAAGAAUUGCAUAUUACAUGUUUGAGACAAGUUUUUAUACAUGUGGAGCAUUUUUGGUCAUUGUUUUUCUUCGAGGGUUUUUUUUUUUUUUUUUUGCUGACUGCUCUUUUUCACAAAAAUUUUUUCAAAAUAAAUGUUCUUAUUGCUAAUUAGGUCUAAUAAAUCAAUGCUUUGUGGUUGUAAAAUAAUGAUUUGGUUACCAAGGGGAAACUGCAGCUUAUUCCCUUGAUUGAACCGUUUUAUUUUGUAUUAAAUGCAUUUUAUGUUUAGAGGAAUUGCUUAAUGUUAUCCUAAUCAAGCUAUAAUAGUUUAUGUAGCAUUAUCAGGUCAUAUUGCAUGGUAUGUUGUAUUUCUCAUCGCCUUUUCAGUCUACAGUAAUUUUGUCGAUUGGCUAAAAAUGUUUCAUUGUACAAUUUAAAAUUUGCUUUAUUGGGAUGGAGGUACAAAAAAAUGUCAUUAGUUUUAUUGACAUUAAGGUACCAACAAAAAAAAAAUCCUGCUCAAAAUAAUCUCAACUGAAACAUAAUCUUGCCCUGUUAGAUUAUUGUGCAGAGUGCUACAAUUUACCCGUAUAAUUUAUAGUACUUGCCUGUUUUAAACUCUAAAAUGUGCUGUCAUUGUGGGAUGACAGAUUUUUAAAGAUGGGACUCUCCGUGAUCUGUAACCAAGGAAACAAACUGUGGACUGUAAUAAGUGUUUCCCUGGUUUUAGAUGUGACUGUAGUGGAGUGGUAGUGGUAGAUUUAUUAAAGCUUCCAAAAAUGAAAACGUGUUGCCCAUAGCAACCAAUCAUAUUGUGUCUAUCAUUGCAUCCUAGAAAAUGGUAGAAUCUGGUUGCUAUGAGCAACACCACCACUUUUCAUUUUUUAGAAGCUUUAGUAAAUCUACCCCAUAGCCUAUCUGUCAAAUGGCAGCAAGUAAUUAAUUGAAUUAAUUCAAAGCUUUGUAGUUCCGACUUUUGCGCAACAUAACAAUUGCUAAGUACUAUCAGUGUUGAGGAAUUCUGCAUUUACCCUACUACUUUCUCCUGUAGUUAGAAUUUGCUAUUAGCUAGAACCUCUGCAUCGCCAGAGAUGCUAAACCACUUAUGUCAUGCAGGAUAGUGGCUUACGCCUCACAAUUGUCACACUGCAGUCAUUCAGACCAUCUUGCACGUUUACACGUUUUACUAAUGAAAACACCCUGAAUCUUGGUGAAACAUUUAUUUUAUUUUCUCAUCAGACCAAAGAGCAAAAUGGUUUUGCUGGGAGUAGGGAAGUGGGGAAUGUCUCAGGAACAGAAGUGAUAUGGUGCUGGUACGGUACAGGGACAUUUUGCUCAUGGAGAACAUUCUCUGCUGUGAGCAUCCAGAGCCCAACAAUAGUCUCUCCUUUUCUUGUAUCUGUGGUGAAAAUAACUGACAACAAUGACAGCAAGGGCUUACUACUACAGCUUGAAUGUUGUAAAUUAAUUUUAUAUUCCAGCCAAGAAAUGUUUAAUAUCUUGCUAUGAAUACAUUUCUAUCUACCCAUCACAUUGAAUAAAUGUUUAAGCAGAUAUAAGAAUG